AUGAGCCGUGAUAUCAAGAACCACUUGUUGUUUGAAGUUGCCACCGAGGUGGCCCAUAAAGUAGGGGGCAUUUAUUCAGUUUUGAAAUCCAAGGCGCCAAUAACGGUAGCAGAGUACAGGGAACGCUACACCCUUAUUGGCCCUCUAAAUGCCGACUCAGCUCAAAUAGAAGUUGAGCAACUACCAGUAAAGGACCCAUUGAUUAAACAGAGUUUGGAUUCAAUGAGUGGUAGGGGCAUCAAGUGGAUUUAUGGUAGAUGGUUAAUUGAGGGGGCUCCCCGUGUUUUACUCUUUGAUAUCUGGUCCGCAGGUAAUAAUCUAAACGAAUGGAAAUCUGACUUGUGGAAUACAGGUGGUAUUCCAACACCUGACCAUGACCUGGAAACUAACGAAGUGAUUUUGUUGGGUUAUUUGGUUGCUUGGUUUCUUGGGGAGUUGGUUUAUAUUGACCGUGAAAGAGCUGUCAUUUGUCAUUGCCAUGAGUGGUUGGCGGGCGUUGCUUUACCGUUGUGCCGGAAACGGCAGAUUGAUGUGACAACUAUAUUCACUACACAUGCCACGUUAUUAGGUCGAUACUUAUGCGCUGGAUCCACUGAUUUUUAUAACAACUUGGCAAAUUUUGAUGUUGAUCUUGAAGCGGGAAAAAGAGGUAUCUACCACCGUUAUUGUAUUGAGAGAUCAGCUGCACAUUCAGCAGAUGUAUUUACAACGGUAUCGCACAUUACGGCAUACGAAGCAGAGCAUUUACUAAAACGAAAGCCCGAUGGUGUCUUGCCCAAUGGUCUUAACGUAGUGAAGUUUCAAGCGGUUCAUGAGUUUCAAAAUUUGCACGCCGUUAAGAAAGAGAAAAUACAAGAAUUCGUUAAAGGGCACUUUUAUGGAAACUAUGAUUUUGACUUAGAAAACACGCUAUAUUUUUUCAUAGCGGGAAGAUACGAAUUUAGAAAUAAAGGUUGCGAUUUUUUUAUUGAGUCGUUGGCCAGAUUGAAUCAUAGAUUGAAGGAAGCAGGAUCAAAAAUGACAGUGGUAGCUUUUAUCAUUAUGCCUGGACGUACAAAUUCUUAUACCGUGGAGACCUUAAAGGGUCAAGCUGUAAUUAAGCAAUUAGAAACGACAAUCGAAGAAGUCCAAAAGAAAGUAGGCGAGAGGCUUUUCGAGCAUUGUGCUAGGUUUCCUAAUAAUCCUAGCACAUCCAAUGGGGGUGAAGUUCCAUCUAUUGAAGAGUUGAUCAAACCUGCAGACAGGGUACUCUUGAAGAGAAGAAUCUUUGCCUUGAAGAGGGAUGGGUUACCACCAAUUGUUACUCAUAAUAUGUCUGAUGAUUCUCAUGAUCCCAUCUUGAAUCAAAUUAGACGUGUUCAGUUGUUCAACAAGCCGGAGGAUAGGGUGAAAAUAAUUUUUCAUCCAGAAUUCUUGAAUGCAAAUAACCCCAUUUUAUCUCUUGAUUACGACGAGUUUGUUCGUGGCUGUCAUUUGGGAGUUUUUCCAUCGUACUAUGAACCGUGGGGAUAUACUCCCGCUGAAUGUACUGUGAUGGGUGUUCCUUCCAUAACUACCAACCUCUCAGGUUUUGGAUGCUAUAUGGAAGAUUUGAUCGAAGAUACUUCGGACUAUGGAAUUUAUAUAGUAGACAGAAGAAUGAAGUCAGUAGAUGAGUCGAUUAACCAACUUACCGAUUACAUGUUCAACUUUGCCCAGAAGACUAGAAGGCAAAGAAUAAAUCAAAGAAAUAGAACUGAAAGACUAUCAGACUUGUUAGACUGGAAAAGAAUGGGACUUGAGUAUAUUAAGGCUCGUCAAUUAUCUUUAAAAAGGGCUUACCCUUACAAAUUUAACAAUGGUGCAAACCCAUUUACGAAUCUGUCGAACUUGAAAUUAAGUAGGCCACUAUCUGUACCUGGAUCGCCUAGUAGUAAGGUUGGAAUCAUGACACCAGGAGAUCUAGGAUCUUUGCAAGAGGCUCAAGAAUCUUUAGAUACUGCUGACUAUGUUGGAUUUAGUUUAGGUGAUGUGGAUGAUGACGAUGGAGACCAGGAUGGCUCUCAUUAUCCCUUGACUUUAAGGGGAAAUUCUGCACCUCCUGCGGAUGAGAAUGAAUGA